GUGGGCGGAGAAACGCUCCGCUUGAUGGCGUGUGACCGGAAAUAGUCGGAGAGGAAGUGCCGUUUUGGCGCGUGCGUAUUGACUUGUGGCCCGGAUCCGCUGGCAGGAUAGCCCGCAGUGGGACGAGAGAGAGUAUAAACCAUGUCAUCUGCUGUGGUUGCCAAGCCUGUAAUGCGAGGCCUGUUGGCCAAACGUUUACGGUUUCACUUGGCUGUGGCUUUUACUUUAGCUUUUGCAGCAGCUGGCACCUUCAAGUUUGCAGUAGGUGAACCCAGGAAGAAAGCAUAUGCUGACUUCUAUAAGAAGUAUGAUUCCAUGAAGGCUUUUGAGGCCAUGAGGGAUGCUGGUAUAUUUGAAAGUGUGAAACCAAGGAAGUAGUCUUUCAAAGGAACUUUGGAAUGAAUGACAAGAUUGCUCCUCCGCCUUACAUUGGGGAAAUGGAGAGAUAUACUUUGUGUUCUAUACCUGACUUACAAAUAAAAUAUUAAAUUCUUUACCCUCGAA